AUCAGUAGAUACAAGAGCUCAUUCACGGUUCAGACGGAGAUAAAGCAGUUUCAUCACAUAUUCUAAUGGGAACUCAUGUGGUGCUAUGCAUGCAAGGGAGACUGGAUCCAAGCUUAUAACUACGCUGAUAUUCUGUUGGAAGAGAGCCUGUGGUCGAAGACUGUUUAUAUGCACCUGAAGGCAUCGUUCAGAGUAAUGGCCAGGCUUGUAAACCAAAAAAUAGUCAGGGAAGGUGAAGAAGGAAGAAAUGACACAGAAAGCUACAUGUUCAGACAUCUUCCAGAUUUUAAGCAGCGAAUCGCCGGACAGUCCCUUCCAUUUGAGAAUUUUGCCAUCCACAAGGCGAACAAGUAUUUUGAACAAAAUGGCCGCCUUUUUCUUCCUGGAGUGGAGCUUAUGUACAUAUGGAAUGGCUUUAAGGUCCUCAGUCAUAGACCAGACUUAGUUCAACCUCUGAUGAAACUAGUGGAGAAUUCCUUGCAUAAGCUUAAGCAAACAAAAGAUGAGAAUAAAAACUAUGUGGACGAUUACUGCUUGGGUAAACUACUGCAAGCCAUGUGUUAUCGCUGUCUGAACAAGAAAAACGAAGCUAUGGAAUGUUUGAGAAACUCUUUCAAUCGAUCAAAGGACUUGAAAAAGGAUUUCUACCUCGCUCCUUACACAUGCGCAGAGAUUGGGUUCUUGUAUCAGGACGAAGGCGACCUGGAUCGAGCUAAAGAAUACUUGGAACGGGCGAGGAAACAUCGAGAUCACAUGCUACAAAGUCUGCUUCACUUAAGAAUUCACGCAGCUCUUCAGGAGAUCGAACACAAUGGCAUGGGUAGGGACAGAUCACCAGUAUUACAUGAAAAAGAAUUCGUCCAGAAUGCACAGAACAAGCAAGGAACCGAGAGUAACGAAGACACCGCAGCCUCGGCUAACGACGAUGAUUUCUUCGAUGCCGAAGAAGACUGUGUACCAAACUUGUCUCGCCAAGAUUCCAAUUCUUCGUUUGAUAUAAUAUCUGACUUUGCUGAUGAAGUUUAGCGCGACACGGGAAAGGGCCUGCAAUAGGAAAAAAAUCCCGUGUAAGUUUUUAAUGGCUGC